AUGGGCUCUUAUUUCGGUCGAAACCACUCGCCCAGGCCGUCCCACGAACGCGCGCAGUCAUACACGCACCCUCACAUCUCGUCGUCGCCCGUCUCCCACUCGGCGCCCGUCCUACCGCCCAUACCAAGCAUCGCUGAUGCCGUCGACGAUGCCCACCCUACCGGCCUGGGUUUUGAUACCGCCUUCACCUUCCACCCGAGUCCGCAGCAGUCCGCACCCUCUUCGUCAUCGAACCUCUCGACACCAUCACCGCUCCGCGAUGCUCCUGCCCCUGCCGCUGCCACUCCCGCUCCCGAGCCUGCUGUACGGCCGCGCAGCUUGCAGAUGGGAAGGGCUGUGACAAGCCCGAUAGGUGCCGUGCACACCUUCCAGCACACAAACAUGUCACCCUCAUCUCCUCUGGCCGCUCUCUCGGUACCCUACUCCUCGACUACUGCCCAGGCCAAGCCUCGUGCAGGUAACCGUCCACUUCCGGCCGAGUCCACCGUCAAUGGAGUCCCGCAGCAUUCAAAGGCCUUGAAGCAAAGACCAGAGCUACACUCGAACAAAUCAUCCAAAGGCAAAUUCAAUCUGCUCAAUCCCGUCAAUUUACUCAUGAGGAGGCGUUCCGCACAAGCUGUCGAAACCCUGGACAAGACUACUUCCAAAAACUUGGCCAUACCACCGAUGGACCUCCCGGACGAUUAUGACCCUCGAAUUAGAGGCAAAGUUGUACACGAUUUCAGCGCUCCAAGAACUCGCCGCACGCCGUCGUAUGAUCCAAGUCUGACAGAAGCUUCUCCGAAACCUUCGACUGCCAACGGCUCGAUCGGUUCCCAGCAGGACCCGGUCGAGCGUGAUCCCAAAAGACAGUCGGUCCAGCAUGCACCUGUUUUCGUCGAACAUAUCGAUAGCGAACCUGAUCAGAACCGGGUUCACGCCGAGACUCUGGCCAACAACGACUUCAUCGCCCGCAACUCAUGGCAUCAGAGCGGAGAGUCACUCAACAUGCCUCCGUUCGGUCGUCGGAGCCAGCUCUUUGAUGAUCAAUCUAAUUCUGAGCCUGCUUCUGAUUCUCCACAUUCUGCAAUGAGCGCUAUGAGUGGCCCUGGAUGGCAAUAUCAUGAACCCGAGCGCGUGUACUCUCCAGUCUCGCCCGAGCCCGCUCCCGAAAUUGUGUUCGAGCAACCAGAGCUCGAAUCUGAGAGGAACGAGCAAGAGCCGGCAUCUCAAUACGAGCCUCAACAGUCACCCAGUCUUCUGCCGAACCCCACCUCUAUGUUGCCUAGGCAUAUGGCUAGUACAGCUUCGCGCUUCAGUUUCCAAAUUGCCAAUGACUCGAUAGCGGAAGAGAAGCUGCUAGAAGAAAGACACAAGCUUCGCCAGUCGAACGUCGCUCAGGCCUCUCCGACUUUUGAACACGACGAAUAUGAAGAAGAUGAAGAUGAGGAUGCUUUCGAUGAGGAUGCAAUGUACGAUCACGAUGAAAUGGAAGACGCUCCUGCGAACGGGCUCUACGAACAUCUCAACACUGGCCAAAGCUCUCUAUCUAAGACAAUGCAACCAACAAUCCAGAAUCCACUGCGCUCAAACCCGCCGCCGGCAACCUCGCAAACAGCCAGACCAUCUUCUGCCAACUCCUUCUAUUUUGACGAUGGCAUGAUUGAUCAGCUUGACGAUGUGUGCGAAGAAGAAAAAGACGAGGAGGAAGAGGCAGAGAACAAUGACGAGACCUUCGAUGAAGACAAAUUCGACGAUCCUUCAUAUCUCAAGAGACCCAAUCAGCCGGCCCACCUUCACCAGAUACCCACGACUGCCUCCAUAUACUCGCCAUCAAAUGUUGCCGUCCACGACGUCGACGGUCAUCCAUUCCUCAUCCAGAACCCUGGGACUGGACAUUUCUCUGCCGGUUCGCCAUUCUCUGAGAUUUCCUCUCAACCGAGCGAGCAGUUGCAAGAGUCUCAAGAGGAACCACCACGACAUGAUUCCCAGCAAGGUCCACGCGAUAGCCACAACCUCUCUGCAUACCACAGUGCUUUGGCAGAAGCUGCACACCGGGCCGCCGCUGAUGGUAAAUUCACAAGACAAAAUAGCAUGGCGAAUUCUGAUUCUGUCUAUUCCGAAGACAACGAACAGAGCGAGGACGACGUCUCGCAGCAGGCACAGUAUAUGCAACCGCAAAUGUCCAUGCCUCCGCCUAUGCAGAUGCAGAUUCCACCCUACUUGCAGAUGCAGAUGCCACAUCUAUCGCCAUACCAGAUGCAAAUGCAGAUGCAAAUGCAGUUGCAAUUACAGAUGCAGAUGCAGCCUCAGAUGCGUCAAAGCUCUUACUCGGCUUUUGAUUUCGGCUUCAGCGAUGGUACAACCAUAGAUGACAAUUUCUCAUCUCCAGAGUUCCCAAACGAUGACUUCGCCUUUGACGAUUCAGACCUGAUAUCUGCUGCGAAUUCAGAAGCCCUUGCGAAUGACGACGAAGGGUUCUACAGCCAGGAGUUUGGUUUCUACGCCAGAGCACGUCAAGGAAGCGAUCCUGACACAGUUGAGGCCAUCAACGGUGGCUACUUCGGCGCACCCGGAAUCGAAAUCGUACGGCAAAAAAGUGUCAAGGAGCCGAAUUUGACUCCAAUCACUGAGCGAAGUGAAUUCAGCACGCGUAACUCGUAUAUCGGACCGUUCAGCCCUCUUGCUGCUGCUCUUCCAUCGCCGGGUUUUCCACCCUCUCACAUGGCAGCAGCUCGCAUGAGCCCUCUUGCUUGGCAGCAUCUACAGGAAGACGAGAUGACACUAGCAGAUCUCCGGAGACUCAAACAGGGCGCUUUUGGUAGCAGCAGCAACAGUGUCAAUUCCUUGUCCUCGUCUUUCGGCGUGCCAGCUCCUUACAGUCCUACAACGGCGGCGCAGAAUAUGCCUAAUGGCUAUUUCAUGCCACGUGCCAGCGGUGGUGUUCCCAUGGCCUGGCAGCGAAGUAGCGACAGCAACUCCAACUAUAACCCGUCCAAUCAUUCCUCGAGUCCUGGUCCUACAUCGCCGGUCCACGCCUCAAUGCCCAACGGCGUCACCAACAGUCAAACACUUGGCUCACCUUUACAGCCUCCACACGCAUUCUUCAUGUCAGACAACCUUUCAACUCCUAAGAAGAACUCGUCUGGUCCGCAUGAGAUGCCAGGAACGCCUGUGACAGCCAAGAAGGCUGCUCCAAAGGACUCAGCCGCAGCUCCUGAACGUCAAUCAUACCAGACACACUCACGAUCUGGUAGUGGUGCAGACAACAUCACUUAUGUCCGCGAAGAAGACUCUAAUGGUGGCAAGCGCUGGGUCCUUGAGAGGCGACGUACAAGUGAGGCUGGCCUAUUGGAGCUGAUUGGGAGAGAGGUUGUGGAAGGUGGCCGCAUUUGA